GAGGAGGAGGAGGAGGAGGAGACAUCAUCAUCAUCAUCAUCAUCAUCAUCAUCAUCAUCAUCAUCAUCAUCAUCAUCAUCAUCAUCAUCAUCAUCAUCAUCAUCAUCAUCAUCAUCAUCAUCAUCAUCAUCAUCAUCAUCAUCAUCAUCAUCAUCAUCAUCAUCAUCAUCAUCAUCAUCAUCAUCAUCAUCAUCAUCAUCAUCAUCAUCAUCAUCAUCAUCAUCAUCAUCAUCAUCAUCAUCAUCAUCAUCAUCAUCAUCAUCAUCAUCAUCAUCAUCAUCAUCAUCAUCAUCAUCAUCAUCAUCAUCAUCAUCAUCAUCAUCAUCAUCAUCAUCAUCAUCAUCAUCAUCAUCAUCAUCAUCAUCAUCAUCAUCAUCAUCAUCAUCAUCAUCAUCAUCAUCAUCAUCAUCAUCAUCAUCAUCAUCAUCAUCAUCAUCAUCAUCAUCAUCAUCAUCAUCAUCAUCAUCAUCAUCAUCAUCAUCAUCAUCAUCAUCAUCAUCAUCAUCAUCAUCAUCAUCAUCAUCAUCAUCAUCAUCAUCAUCAUCAUCAUCAUCAUCAUCAUCAUCAUCAUCAUCAUCAUCAUCAUCAUCAUCAUCAUCAUCAUCAUCAUCAUCAUCAUCAUCAUCAUCAUCAUCAUCAUCAUCAUCAUCAUCAUCAUCAUCAUCAUCAUCAUCAUCAUCAUCAUCAUCAUCAUCAUCAUCAUCAUCAUCAUCAUCAUCAUCAUCAUCAUCAUCAUCAUCAUCAUCAUCAUCAUCAUCAUCAUCAUCAUCAUCAUCAUCAUCAUCAUCAUCAUCAUCAUCAUCAUCAUCAUCAUCAUCAUCAUCAUCAUCAUCAUCAUCAUCAUCAUCAUCAUCAUCAUCAUCAUCAUCAUCAUCAUCAUCAUCAUCAUCAUCAUCAUCAGUUCGGUGCCACCAGCAGAGAAACCCCAAUCAAGAGGCAUCGACUUGUUUGUUCCCCGUAAAGGCUCUCUUGACCGAGCUGAACUCUGAGCGAGGGCCCCGCGAUCGACCCUUGCGAUGGUACAAGGAUCACCUGAAGGAGCUACUCUGGCUACCAACCACGACCGAAAACAGUGGAAGUCGAAGGCGGGAGAAGAUCAAGCUGGCGGAAAUUCCCUCAGAGCUACGCCCGCCCUCAUCGAAGCCUAAAGGGAGAUGA